AUGACAAUACUUCAUGCCGGGUACCCACAGUCUCCUAUUGUCCAUUUUGGUCGCCAUCAUAACCUGAACAUUAGCCAUCUUGAUCUCAGUAAAUUGGAUCAAGCUGAUAAUGUAUUCAAACAAGUUAACAAUUCGGCCGUCGGCGGCAGCGGUGCUGCUUUCCACCAUCUGCACACUUCUGCUGCUCCGAGACACGUGGCCUCCUCUGAGUUCUACGACGACGAAGAGGCAACGUCGCCACGUGGUGGAAUCGAAAUUGGCUCUGGUAACGAUAAGAUGAUGGCCAAUUUGCGUCGACAUCGUCAACGUGAGCGUCAGGCGUACGAAGACGAGGAGUGGUCAUCGUCGGAUGAAUCCGGACGUCCGAUUCCGCGUUACGCCGGUCGUGACACGGACCACGUUUUCGGAGAAUUCGAGAUGGACGAUGACGACGUGGAGAUGAGAAGUGGAAGUGGUAGACGACAGGAGGAAAAGCAUUACUAUGGAGAGGAGACCGACGAAGAUGAGAUGGAAGAGGAAGAGGAAUCAGUUUCGGAGCUGUUGCCGCUCGGGGGAGGAACUCGUCGGGUGCCGCGAACCCCGAGAAGGAAGAACUCGUCCAAGUGCGGAUUCUUUGACUACUACAAGUUAACGGAUGAGCAUUUGGGCUCCGGCGCCUACGGGUCUGUAACCACCUGCAAAUCGAUCAAGUCUGGCCAGGAGUUUGCUGUGAAGAUUGUCGACAAGCAAGGCGAGACUCACUCCCGGAAACGCAUUCUCCGUGAAGUCAACAUCUUCAAGACCUGUAAAGGACAUCCGAACAUUGUCCAACUCCUCGACUGGUUUGAAGAUGACAACAAAUUCUACCUAGUCAUGGAAAAGAUGCGUGGCGGACCGUUGCUCCAGCACAUUCUUGAGCGUGGCUAUUUCACCGAGGAGGAGGCUCGUCGUGUCACCAAGGAUAUUGCGUCGGCUCUCAAGUUCAUGCAUGAUCGUGGGAUAGCUCAUCGUGAUGUUAAGCCGGAGAACGUGCUUUGCACUGAUCCGAAUCAUGUUUCGCCCGUCAAACUUUGUGAUCUGGAUUUGGCGAGUCAACGACAGCCGCAACAUGAACGUCAUCCAUUAAGUCAAGUUGCUUCCGAGCCCGAUCUUGCUUCACCAGUCGGAUCAGCCGAGUUCAUGGCUCCAGAAGUUGUGGAUGCGUACGUUGGAGAUGCGCUCAAGUACGACAAGAAAUGCGACACGUGGAGUUUAGGAGUAAUUCUUUACAUCAUGCUAGCUGGAUAUGCUCCUUUCCAAGGAGUGUGUGACGAUCAAGAUUGCGGUUGGUCUGAAGGAAAGCCGUGUGAAGACUGCCAACAGGAUCUAUUCCAUCGUAUCCAAGACGGCUACUACGAGUUUCCUGAAGAAGAGUGGGGAAUGAUCUCUGAAGAGGCCAAAGAUCUGGUCUCGAAUCUGCUGAAACGCGACCCAGUUGACAGAUUCAACGCUGAUCAGAUUCUAUCUCAUCGCUGGCUCCAACAAUCUGCCGCCUCCACUAUUCUUCAAACACCAUCCAAUCUCAUCUAUCGUAAAGAUUCAGCACGUGAUGUCCAGCAAAUGUCUGAGCACUUUAAUCUAAUGAACAGACACACGGAUACUCCUCUCUCUGCAAGAUUCGACAACAAGAUGACGAUGAGCGAAUGUGCGAGCGAUUUGGGGACUGCUACCUAUCAUGGCGAUGGCUCAUUCCUUUCAAUGGGCGGUGAACCGUUUGGUACUUUCCCACGGAAAAAAUCAGUUGGAAUCGCAAUUGAAAAAUCAAGAAGCGGAGAAUUCACCCCACCAAUCAGUCGUGCUUCUCCAACAACUCCACCACCAUCGAUGCUCGACUUGAGUCAAGAUUUGACUGAUUCUCCGGUCAAAAGAAGAUCAGCCGAUGAUUCAGGAACAUAUUCACUCUUCUCACCAGCGUCCUCCAAUGGAGAAGAUAAUAUUCGCUCACCACCAAUACUCUUCCUCGAAAUGCCAUCAAUUCAACUGUUUGAUACUGAUGCGACUAUGUUGAAUUCAGUACAAAUGACUCCUCGACAUACUACCGAAGACGAGGCGUCAUUGAAUUCAUUUGAGGACGAACAUGAGGCUCCAAACCCAAUCCAUCGUGUCGAGACUCAGGUCAACGUCUAG